AUGGCUGAGGGCGCAGCAGACGAUGGCGCGGGCCAGAAGCGAACCCACGCCGACCUUGAAAAUGACCCUUCAGAUUCUUCCGAUGACGACAUGGGCCCUCAGCUGCCCUCUACCGAAGCGCCCAAGAAGAAGCGACGCGUUCUGCCCUACGAAAAGCUCUACGUGGCAGCCCUGCCCGCCUCGGCGCGCUACUCUCGAUCCCUCAUGCACAAAGAGCAAGUCUCUUUUGUGACAUGGACGCCGCUCACUGAGUUCCUCAUCACCUCGUCCGUCGACGGCGUCGUCAAGUUCUGGAAGAAGGUUGCACAGGGCAUCGAGUUUGUCAAGGAGUUUCGCGCGCACGACGGCGAGAUCAAGGCCGUCGCGGUGAGCCUGGAUGGCCGCAGCUUUGCUACUGCUGGAGCGGACGAAACGAUCAAAAUAUUUGACGUCAUCACGUUUGACCUCUUGUCCAUGGUCACGCUGGGCUAUGUGCCAAAGAGCGUCUGCUGGGUGCACAGGAAGGGCGCCUCGUUCCCACUGCUGGCUGUGUCCCAAGAGGGCAAGCCGCUCGUACAUGUGUACGACGGCAGGGGGGAGAAGGAGGAGCCGAUCCAUACCAUAAAGGGGCUGCACCGAAACCCUGUCCAUCUGAUGACCUUUAAUGACAGCUACGAUUGUGUCGUGUCUGCCGACGAGGGCGGCAUGAUCGAGUACUGGCGGCCGAACGGCACCUACGACAAGCCGGAGGGCGUUUUCGAGUACAAGAGCUCGACAAACCUGUUUGACUUCAAAAAGGCCAAGUCGGUUCCGACGUGCAUUACCGUCUCGCCGCAGGGCACCAGCUUCGCCACGUUCUCGCUACCUGAUCGCAAGAUUCGCCUGUUCGAUUUUGCCUCCGCUAAGCUGCAUCGCACCUAUGAUGAGUCACUGCAGGCCAUGGAAGACCUGCAGCAGGCGGGGAGUGCGGUGCAGAAAAUGGAUCAAGUCGAGUUCGGGCGUCGGUUGGCGCAGGAGCGGGAGGUCGAGUCGCAGAGCAUGCGCUCCGCCUCGAACGUGAUUUUUGACGAAUCAGGCAACUUUCUGAUAUAUGGAUCCAUGUUGGGCAUCAAAGUCCUCAAUACGUACACGAAUCAGGUGGUCAAGACGUAUGGGAGGGAGGACGGCCUGCGCGCCAUCAACCUGGCUGUGUACCAGGGUCAGCCGCAGAAAAAGGGCGUCACCUCCGUGGAGAUGGGCGCUUCGAGUAACCCCCUGCUGCAGGAAUCGGAAGCCCGUGACCCUGUGCUGGUUGCCACGGCGGCGGGCAAAGUCCGAUUCUAUCUCUUCACAAACGACCAAGAAAUCUCAAAAUCGACGCGCGACGUGCAGAACGAGAGGCCUGCGACGCAGGGUCGCAAGAAGGAGGGCAAUGCUAAGAAAACAGAGACAGGGAGUGCUGCGGUGCUCCAUACUACUUAUGGUGACAUCCACUUGCGCCUCUUUCCAGAUGCGGCACCGAAAACGGUCGAGAACUUCGUCACGCACGCAAAGCAGGGCUACUAUAACAAUACUAUCUUCCAUCGCGUCAUACGCAAAUUCAUGAUCCAGUGCGGCGACCCGCUCGGCGACGGCACGGGCGGCGAGAGCAUCUGGGGUCGCGAGUUUGCGGACGAGUUUAGCAGCCUGAAGCAUGACAAGCCAUACACUGUCAGCAUGGCCAAUGCUGGCCCCAACACGAAUGGCAGUCAGUUUUUUAUUACCACGGAAAAGACGCCAUGGCUUGACGGGAAACAUACGAUAUUUGGUCGCGCGACCCAGGGAUUCGACGUGAUCAAGAAGAUUGAAAACACGCGCACUUUUAAGGAGAAGCCGGAGGAGGACAUUAAGAUUCUCAACAUUGACGUCAUGUAA